GGAGACUCAAUCCGCCAUAUAUGAUGUCGCAGAUUCGCCAUAAACGUCCGCAAAAGUAUUUUUAAUACAAUUAAUUCUACUUAAAAUGUUGUUUAGGACCAUAAAUGCAAAUAAGAAGGAUUUGGGUUUUUUUGGACUACCGGUUUAAUUCAGAAGCAUGGAUCCAGCGCGAGCAGAUGGCACUCCAGUCUUCAUGUGUAAAAUAUGCAACCUGUUCUCUCCCAAUAAAUCACUGCUCCUGUCUCACGUACUUGAGAAACACACUGAGGAAGGUGGAGAUGCAGAGGACAUUAUUAUCCCACUCAAACCUUUACAGUCUCCUCAGGUACCAGUAUUAUUACACAACGUUCUUGUAGAGGGCAUCAAAAGGAAAAGAGGUAGACCAAAAGGAUCCACCAAGAAAACCCAAGCAGAUGUACAGACACCUAACAAAUCAUCCAGUCAACCAAAGAAAGAGAUAUCUGAUGUGGUGUCAGAAUCCCUACAACAUGUUGAAGAUGGCAUGGGUUUGGAGUGCAAGAAAUGCCAACGCAAAUUCAGCAACCGGCGGCAAAUUUCCAAACACAUCUGUUUUGCAGAAUUGAAAGACGUUCCUGAUGAGGAUGACUUCCACAGUGACAACCCUGGUCCUACCGAGAUAGCAGAGGAAGGGGAUGAAGAUGUAGAAUGCUCCCCAAAGAAGGCAAGAACAGUGAAGGCUGACAAGCUCUGUAGUGUAAAGGACCCUGAAUCAGCAGGCUGCAUCAAGAACCCCAUCGUCAGUGUGGUUCUUGCAGCACAUGAAGCCAUUCCUGGCGCAACAAAAAUAGUUCCAAUCGAAGCUGCUCCAGCUGAGGCGGAUAUGCAACCUGAUGGAACUGCAGGAGAGUCCACGCAGAAGAAGGGUUACCAAGAAUAUGCCAUUCAGCAAGCAGCUUAUGAAGUGCCUCUGAAAUCUAACAGAAUAGGGCAGACCCAGCUGAAAAUCUUCACCUGUGAAUACUGCAACAAGGUUUUCAAGUUCAAACAUUCCCUUCAGGCUCACUUGCGAAUCCACACCAACGAGAAGCCGUUCAAAUGCAGCCAGUGCGACUACGCCAGCGCUAUCAAGGCCAAUCUCAGCGUCCAUAUGCGGAAGCACACCGGGGAGAAGUUCAGCUGUGAGCACUGCUCAUUUAACUGCCUUAGCAAGGGUCACCUGAAAGUGCACGUGGAAAGGGUACACCAGAAAAUUAAGCAGCACUGCCGCUUCUGCAAGAAGAAGUACUCAGACGUGAAGAACUUGCUUAAACACAUCCGAGAGAGCCACGAUAUGGAAGACGGGAAAGUCAAGGACUCCUAUGACGAGUACAGGCUCCAAACCAGAGAAGGCAAACGACAGCUGCUCUAUGACUGCCAUGUCUGUGACCGUAAAUUCAAGUAUGAGUUGGAGCGUGAUCGGCAUCUGAUGGUCCAUGGGAGCAACCGACCGUAUGGCUGUGAAUUGUGCGAUCAUGGGUCCACAAAGUUUCAGGCCCUCCAGGCUCAUGUAAGAAAGCAUCCCUUUGUGUACGUGUGCUCAGUUUGCCUGCAGAAGUUUGUCAGUACUGUGCGCCUCAAGUUGCACCUCAGGGAGUCCCACUCAGGAAUGGAUGAAUCCGCGACAUUCGCUGAUUCUAUCAAAAGCAGUUUCUGCCUGCUGAAACCUGGGGAUGACAUUCAGAGGGACAUGCUGAGACAAGAUGAGUUGGAGAUCAGCAAAGAGUUGUCCCUCCUCAAUGCACAGGAAUUGCUUGCCACUGAAACGGACAGUGUAGAGGAACAAGAGUCUCAAGAUCCUGAGAGUUUCACAACAGAUGAACUGGUGCAUGUUUCCCAAGAGGAUCUAGCUUCAACAGAGAUCCACAACUGCCUAGUUAUUGAUUCUAGUGCAGCUGUGGAAGCUCAACUGCAUGGGACGGUCUCUGAGGAUCUGCUAGACAAAGAACAGCUGCAGGAUAAUUUGCCAAAUGUGGACUGCAGUGUAAUGGAAUUUAAUAAUCCUAGUGAAGGGAAUACAAAUUUACCCUCACAAACUCCUACAUCGGAGAUGUCCGAAGUCACAGACGGGCCAUUUGCUUUGAGCAAGACUGAGACCAGUGUUACUCAAAGAAACCCACCUUCUUGUAGUACAGAGGACAUGGCAACCACUCAACUAGAGGAAAAAUCUGCUUUUGCGCAGAUUUUGGGACAAAUGCAGAAAAGGCAACUAAACAUGGAUGUUUUUGAGAGAAUACGGAAGGUCUACGGAGAUCUGGAGUGUGAAUACUGUGGUAAGCUUUUCUGGUACCAGGUGCACUACAACAUGCAUGUAAGAACACAUACACGAGAACAUCUGCAUUACUGUUCCCAGUGCAGCUACUCUUCGAUUACAAAAAACUGCCUGAAGCGUCACGUAAUCCAGAGACACACUAAUGUUCACCUCAAGUGCCCUUCAGAAGGAUGCCAGUACUCUACGCCAGACAAGUACAAGCUGCAGGCCCAUCUCAAAACACACUCUGAAAUUGUGAAGAAGAGCUUCGUUUGUCCGAUCUGUAAAAAAGGAUUUCCAGAAGACAAACUUAGGCAUCAUAUCAAAUCUAACCAUCCAGAUACUUCACUAACGACCACUUUAGAGGUGCUGGGAAUCCGUGCCCACGUAAAGGGUGCAAUAGGAAAACGAGCGUCUAAAUGUCCGUACUGCGAUUGCUAUUUCACGAGAAAUGGAACCGACAUGCAGCAGCACAUCUGGGCUCAUGAAGGAGUAAAACCCUUCAAAUGCUCAUUGUGUGAUUACGCCUCACGCAGCAAAAGCAACCUGAAGGCUCAUUUCAACAGGCACAACACUGAGAAAAGCCACCUGUGUGAUCUGUGCGGCAAAAAGUUCAAGUCCAAGUGCACACUAAAGAGCCACAAGCUCAUGCACUCAGCAGACGGUAAGCAGUUCAAAUGUACAGAGUGUGAAUUCACUGCAGCACAGAAGCCACAGCUCCUCCGGCACAUGGAACAACACGUCUCCUUUAAGCCAUUCCGUUGCGCACACUGCCACUACUCAUGCAACAUCUCAGGUUCCCUGAAAAGACACUAUAACAAGAAGCAUCCGGGAGAGCAAUACAGCAACACAGGGCCUGGGACGCCCACUUCAGAGAGUGUAAUAGAGCAAGGCGGAGUAAAGUGUCCCGUCUGUAACUAUGUUUACGGAACAAAAUGGGAAAUGAACAGACACUUGAAGUGCAAGCAUGGACUCAAAGUUGUUGAGAAUCAGUGGGAGGUAGUAGAAUCAGCGGAGGAACCAAACACGCAGUAUCUUCAAAUCACUGAGACCGAGGAUGGGCAGGGAACUGAGGCUGCUGUUUCGGUGCUUCAGAACCUUCGUUUUAACACCCAGAAUGGUGUUGUCUCCGCUGCAGCUGCAGACAGACUGGAUCCAGCAUCAGUUAAUAUCCUUCAGCAGAUCAUCGAGCUAGGGACAGAGAACCCUGACACUGUGGCCUCCGUGGUUGCCAUGGCGCCUGGCACUGUCACUGUGGUGGAGCAGGUGACUGAGGAGGAGCAGCCGCAGACAGACCAUGCCAUGAUGAUCCAUGAUGCACUGCAGCAGGCCACUGUGGGUCUGGGAGAAGAGCAUCACUUAGUGGUCUCUUCCGAUGAUGUGGAAGGCAUCAAGACAGUCACGGUGUACACACAGGGCGAGGACGCCUCGCAGUUCAUUGUCUAUGUUCAGGAAGCUGUCGAAACUGAGGAAAGCACUACAGAGGUGACCUAAAAACCCUUUGAACAUUACUGAAGGCAAAUGGAAAUGCCUUGCAGGAAAUAUGUCGAAUGGAAACAGAUGGGAUAGAUUACAUACACAAUAGAGGUAGUUGCAUGCAGCACACAAAAACAACAUAAGAUUUAUAUUUUCCAUUUUUUUUAAUGAUCAUCAGACAAUAUGGACUUUACUGAGAAUCAGCAGAACCCGGAUUGAAUGUGUGUGUGAUUUAAUGUUCUACCAGAGCACCGUCGAAUUUACCGUUCUGAUUCUGAUAUGUACCUUUUUGAAUGGAGUUGCAGUAAAUUUUAUGACACGAGAAAAUCUUUUGGACGAAGGUUUUUGUGCUAUUUUUCUUACUCCCAAUAUAAUAUAAAAAGAAUGGCCUUUUCUCAUGCAAAAAUCUCUUCGAAAUAAAGACAAAGCACCAGAA